GGAAAUUAAGUUCAACCUCGUCCUCUUUUUCAUUCUGUCACCGUUUGAGUUAUUUAUUAUUUUCGUUUCUUUUGUUUGAUCUUUGAGAUUAAUUAUUACGAUGGAAGGGGGAGGGUAUAGUUCUGAUGAGGAUUUUGAGGUCACGAGGCCACCCGUUUUUGCAAAGAGAGAGGAGGAAGAGCAAGUCGACGGCCCUUCUGCUAAAAAACGUGCCAAGAAAACCGCGACCCCUUUGCCACCUGCGUCGAAAUUGUUAGUCGUUGAGAAAAAAAAGGAUCCUCACGCUCCCUUGGGAAAACUCAACCCUCUUGAGACGACAGAUGAGGAUAAGAGGAAGUCGGUUACGGAAACGAGUUCAGUCCGAGAUGACCAGGCCUUUGAACCACCGACGUGGUAUUACUUCCCAAAGGAGGAGAUACAGGUUGAGAAGCGAUAUCCGAGAGACGGAAGGGGGAUCAUUUUUCGAGAAGUGGAUUUGGCCGAAGAAUUUAAAGUGCGAUACGCGGGCACAUGUUAUUCGAAUCUUAAAGAAAUUCGAGACGAAGGAGUCGACUUGAUUAAAAGAACCAUUCUAGAUUUGGUUAGCACCGAAUCUCUUUCUUCUCCCCAGAACAUCUAUGAGGAUUCCCCCGAAAUGAUUUUGACACAAGACGAAGGAUUAUCUGAUGAGCAGAGGGAACAACUUUUUACGGCGAUUUUCGACAAAGGUGGGAGAGUGCCCAUUAUUGAUAAGCCGGGUUGGAGUCUCAUCAUUCACAGGGCACCCAACAGCGGAAUUAUUCAUCUUUGCGUCGAGAUGAUAGCAAUGCAUAAAGGAACACCAGUUUACGAAGCUAGUAGACUAUGCACAAAAGCAGAUUGUUACAAGUACAACCAGACAAUAUCGACUGACGUCUUUCCAAAGUGUUCCCGUCAUCAAGACAUCAAGAUGCACUCUGUGGUAAAAUUGACGCCAUACAAUGAAAAAAACCUGUUCCAGGUCAUGGAUUAAGUAUUAUCCCAUAAAAGAUGCUCGCCCUAUACCAGAAGCCAUUUCCAUGUACCACUAUGGGACCGUUGAAGAAGCUUUGAGUCGUUUAGCACUGGAAUCGACGAUCGGCAUGUUUAUGAAAUUGGCCCUAGGGACUACGCCCUUCGUUAACUUGGAUGACAUCAUCCCACUCUGCUACGGGAUGGAGAAAGAGCUCGACACGCGUCUGAAAGAACUCGGGAUGCACCUCAAAAUGCGGGAAUUGUCACCGGCGGAACGGAUGGAGGUGACCUAUCCCUUUCCUGGACAGUACUUACUCGGAACACAAGCAGAAAAAGAACAAAAACCUGAGAAAGGGAAGUCAUUUCUUUACACGAUAACAAGUCGUGACAUGCAUUACUUCGGGUGGAGCAAUACCCCAGAUUUUAAGGACCGCCUCAGAAGAGGAAACAGGACCGACGGGGCAAAUGAGUAUAAGCGCAUAACGGAGGCAAGAGCCAAACUCGAUGGAACUCGAGCCCCCACCGUGACAUCAUCUCUCCUUGCCAAGUGUGACGUUACAGAUAACACGCAAAUAGAGGCAAAGAUGAUUAUUGCGGGUUAUGUUGCCUAUUUACUCGGACUUCGCAACCCAUUGCGGAAAUUGCCCUCUGGUCGUGGAUACUCCACCAACAAAUGUGUGUCGCUAAGUCUGGUCGAUUCUGACUCGUGGAGUGAUAUUUGUCAGUUCGUAAAAUUGUUUUGGGGGGUUGAACCCAUUUUGGCGAAAUUUGAUAAAGAUCGUGGUGAAAUGCCAAAUUUUAUUGCUGAUUCUGAGAAUUAUUCAGAUGAUAAAGUCGAAAAUUCGGAGGAUGAGGAUUACAAUCCAGACGAGGAUGAGCACAACCCGGAGGCGGGCAGCAGUAGCAGCGGCGAUCACUCCACAGACUCAAACUCUGAUGAAUCCGAUUAAGUUUGCAGUAAUAUGGAUACCACUUUCAUAAUAGUUCAUGAAUGUGUUCAUUUUUUAUACCUACUCCUUUGUUAAAACGUUUAAAAUAUAAUAUUUUACAUAUAUA